AUGUUAUAUAGCAUCUCUUUUAACACUCCCGGUGUUUCGGGAUUUGCUAGGAUUGCAUUUAACUAUAACUUCCAGCCUCAGACCUUCGAACGAAUCACCCCAAGUCAAUGGGCGGUUUUAAGAUGUAUCCCUUACUUUAAUUCUUACGUAUAUCUCCCUAAAGAAGGGUUGCUCCUUUUGCGUGAUUUCCCGUUCCCUCGGGUAAAGGAUGAAAUAAUAGCAUUUUACGCCUUUUUCUUUUUUAACCUUCUCUACGGUCGCGCGGGGGCUGAGAACACUUCACUGAGUUUUUGUCAAGCUGGCCUUGACCCCAAAAGGGGCAAAGCUAGCAACCUCGAAGACCUCGAUAUGCGAUACAUCAUCGACCACUGCUAUUUCACAUAUCAGCCUGUCUCUAUCUCUUCUCUUCGUCACAGGGAGGACAAAUGUGACCAUGCGAUGAUGCUUUUCCCACAUGUCAUGUCCACGCUGCGCAAGGGCAUGCGGAUGCAGGGGACUUGCCUUCGUCCACAUGGGCAAAUCCCCCAUUCCUUGCGUAACUAA